AACGGGAGGCGGAGCAGAGCCGACUGGGAGCGACCGAGCGGGCCGCUGCUGCCGCCAUGAACCCCGAAUAUGACUACCUGUUUAAGCUGCUUUUGAUCGGUGACUCGGGUGUGGGCAAGUCAUGCCUGCUGCUGCGGUUUGCUGAUGACACGUACACAGAGAGCUACAUCAGUACCAUCGGGGUGGACUUCAAGAUCCGAACCAUUGAGCUGGAUGGCAAAACCAUCAAACUUCAGAUCUGGGACACAGCUGGUCAGGAGCGGUUCCGGACCAUCACUUCCAGCUACUAUCGGGGAGCCCAUGGCAUCAUCGUGGUGUAUGACGUCACCGACCAGGAAUCCUAUGCCAACGUGAAGCAGUGGUUGCAGGAGAUUGACCGCUAUGCCAGCGAGAGCGUCAACAAGCUGCUGGUGGGCAACAAGAGUGACCUCACAACCAAGAAGGUGGUGGACAACACCACAGCCAAGGAGUUUGCGGACUCUCUGGGCAUCCCCUUUCUGGAGACGAGUGCCAAGAAUGCCACCAACGUGGAGCAGGCUUUCAUGACCAUGGCCGCCGAGAUCAAAAAGCGGAUGGGGCCUGGGGCAGCCUCCGGUGGCGAGCGGCCUAACCUCAAGAUCGACAGCACCCCUGUGAAGCCGGCUGGUGGUGGUUGUUGCUAGGUGGGGCACGCCAGGUGGGACAGGAGGGGCGGCGCCUCCAGAUGAUGCCCCAAGGGGGCAGGAAAUGCCUCCCCCACCCCACCCCUCUCUGGGGCAUUUGAGUCUGUGGCUUUGGGGUGUCCUGGGCUCCCCAUGUCCUUCUGGCCCAUCUGCCUGCUGUCCUGGGCCCUGGUUCUUUCAGAGCCCUCAAAGGAGGACCCCCCCCCAGGGCUUGUGACUAGGGUGGGGCAUUGCUCUGCUGCUGCCUCUAGGUAACUUUAAAGACCCCACCACACACCUUGAUUUGGGAUGAGGACUCCUCUCUCUCUGUCCACCCUCUCCC